AUGCCUCCUGGUGGCUUCUCCCGCACCAGAAAUGUCGACUACGACGAUGACGACGCAUACGACGAUGAAGAUGACUACUCCGAAGAGGGAGAAGGCGGUGACGGUAUGACAGAGCAUGACAAGGAGCAAAUGCGUGUCGGGACUACAAGAGUGCGGCAAGGUCUGGGGGAAUUGAGCGAAUUCACGAGCGACGCGCAGAUACAAGAAGCAUUGUGGCAUUACUACUACGACGUCGACAAGAGUGUAGUCUAUCUGAAGAACAAGCUAGGGACAACAGAACCCAAGCAGGAGGCGCCGAAGAAAGAGAAGGCAACCUCGCGAUUUGAUCAAGCGGCAAGCGUGGCCGAUCAGAAAGCGCCUACAACUACCGGUAAGCAAACUCACCCGCAGUCUAGCUGGUUGGAAGAGUCAGCCUAUCGCGUUGCCUAUCUAUCGCCGCCCCCGAUCUCGAUGCCUACCAACGAAGCCAUAGGCGACUUCUUCUGGGAUGUCCCAUGGGGCAACGUGCCAUUGCACCGGCUAGGCGUUAUAACCCUCGACACUCCUCGCUAUAGAGGGGGCCUACUUGGCGGAUCAUCCAAACUGGCAGCACUCGCGGCAAAGCGCAGAAAGGACCGGGAAGAAGCGGAAGCUGCUGCCACGAAAGCCAAUAGCGAGGCAAAUGCAGCGGUUGCCAUGCUCGACAAGCUCACAGUCAAGAGCAAGGAGCCUACAUCAAAUCUACGUGGGGGUGAUACGGAACGUCCCAGUCGAGCAAGAUAUCCCGGUCGCAGACGCUCGCGGUCUCGAUCUCCACCGCCAGAAGCCAUCGACGAAGCGAUCCUAAAGCCUGCCGUCCAACAACCAGCUAUCGUUUGCGAAUUACCUGCCCAGCGUGCUAAGGCGUCCAUGUUCGCAUCGACACUUUGUGGAGGUAGCAGCACAGCAGCAAGGCGGCCAUUUCCCACUUUGGAGGUGUUCCCGGCGCCAUACACAAUAUACAAAGAAUACGACAGCGCGAAGGCAUUCGCAAGUCCCAGUCCAGAUGAUAUUAAAAAGAGGGUGCAGGGUGAAAAGCUCGCGCAAUCUGUGGAGAAGCUGGCUGUCGCCGAUGAACCCAAAGUGAAGAGUAAAAAUUUGAAUGUAGUGCAGGAAUUUGAGAAAAGUGGCCUAAAGCGAAUGGCCAACUUUGUCGUAGUCGGUCAUGUCGACCACGGAAAGAGUACGCUUAUGGGCCGUCUUCUGUACGAUCUGAAGGUUAUCGACCAACGGUCAAUAGACAAGCUGCGAAAAGAAGCUGAAAACAUUGGGAAGUCGUCAUUCGCUCUCGCCUGGGUCAUGGACGAAACGAGCGAAGAGCGUAGUCGAGGAGUAACUGUCGACAUUGCCACCAACUACUUUGAGACGGAUAAAACGCGCUUCACGAUACUGGACGCGCCAGGUCAUAAGGAUUUCAUACCUAACAUGAUCUCUGGAGCAUCCCAAGCCGACUUUCCAGUCCUGGUAAUCGAUGCAAGCACAAACAGCUUCGAAUCUGGCCUUAAGGGACAAACGAAGGAACACAUUUUGAUCGCUCGAAGCAUGGGUAUGCAGCAUAUCAUCGUUGCAGUCAACAAGAUGGACACGGUCUCUUGGUCAAAAGCCCGGUUUGAUGAUAUAACCAAACGUAUGACUGCUUUCCUUACUGAAGCCAGUUUCCUGGAGAAACGCAUCACCUUCAUACCAUUAGCAGGUCUCACUGGCGAGAACGUCGUCAAAAAGAUCGAGAGUUCCGCUGCACACUGGUACACGGGAGAGACGCUUCUGGAAGCUCUCGAGCGUGUAGAAUUACCAAAGCGAAAUCUCCAAAAAGCGCUCCGCCUUUCCGUCGCCGAUGUCUUCCGGGGAGACAUGCGUUCACCACUUAGCAUAUCCGGCCGCAUCGACUCUGGGACCGUGCAAGUAGGCGACACAAUCCUCGCACUUCCUGCCAACGAGACUGCAACCAUCAAAGCUAUCGAAGUCCAAGACGCGCCCGUGGACUGGGCUGUCGCCGGCCAAAUCCCCACACUUCAUCUCACGGAUAUCGACCCGAUCCACCUACGGCAAGGCGACAUGGUUUGUGCCCCUAACGCACCUGUCAAGCUUGUCAAAGCGUUUACAUCGAAGCUUCUUGCGUUUGAACAUGUGCUGCCUAUGCCAGUUGAAGUGUUCAGAAGCACAUUGAACUCUCCGGGUGGAAUCAGGACGUUGAGCGCGCGGUUAAACAAGUUCACGGGCGAGAUCGUCAAGAAGAAGCCUAGAAUCGUCAAGCCCGGCGAGGUUGCAAGGGUGGUUGUCCAACUUGAGAGAGAGCUACCGAUUGAGGAGGGUAUGAGAGUUGUGCUGAGGGAGAGGGGGCGGACAGUGGGGGCUGGGUUGAUGGAGAAUGUGGCCUAG